GCCAUAGUUAAUAGCUUUUAUUGACAGAAAACAUGAGUGACUUUUUGCACCGGACAGUGGUAAGUUUGGGACAUUAUGUCAUGUUGGUCUGGAGCCACACAAGCAAGUGUGGAGUAGUGGCCUGAGCAUCCACACUGGAAUAAGAGAGUCUACAUCACGGUUUCUCCCUCUUUCUGGAUGACACAGUGCUGCUUUGGAUGGCGAGAAAACAAUUCACUACCAUAAGGGCAGCAUGAAGAGAUGAGAUUGCAGCUAUGGGUUUUCCUCACGGUCUCCCUAGCCACACUGACGUACCAUAUUAGCAAAGUGAAGUGUUGUCUGAACGAAGCGGAAACUCUCACAGCACAGCCCUACCCACAAGGCAUUGUGUACCCCAACAUGGAAUCUCUCAGAAACGGUGCUCCGCAGAGGUGUUCCUGGAUGAUAUUCUCGCAGAGGGAUCAUGACGUCAUCCGGUUCCACAUCACUGAUUGGUUCGGCCCCGCCUCCCAUAGCUGUACAAGAGACUAUGUUGUUGUAAAGGAUGGACCCAGCCCUCUGAGCCCCAGCCUGAGGGUGGUGUGCGGGGACACACAUUUCAAGGGAAACGUCACCUCGACUUCCGGGUCCAUCUAUAUCCAGUUCCACGUGCAAGUGGAAGAUGCCAGUAGAGGCUUCGCACUGGAGUACUGGAGUGUCGACAACACCCCCAUCAUGAACACACCCCCAGUAUACACCACAGCCAACUACAUCCUCAUCGUCGUCAGUCUGGCCGUUACAGCGACGUUCGUCGGUGCACUGACGUACCUGUUCUACCGUGAGAAGUCCAGAGAAAGAGCGGUCAAGGCCGGCAAAAUGAAGCAGAUGUUACAACGCAGAAGACAAGGCAUCAGCGGUAUAUCGGGGCUGGAAGAUUCUGGUGUUGAACAGGGAGAUGAUUUCGAAACAAGUAAAACGGAUGUAACGUCAUUUGUUGAAACACCGUCCCCAGUCUCGAGUAAUUGGAAAGUGUGAAAUCUGUGUUUGUACCGAAUGCACUAUUUUUGCUAAAUCAGCAUUAUACAAACAAAAGUCAGAAAAAAACCAUUAUGAAUUGUCUGACGCCGUGCCUUCUGUGGGUACCAGAAUUUCAAAAACUAACGACAAAGGACUUUCGUCUUAUGUGGUAACUAUGUGUCUGAAUACCUUGUUGGAUGGAAACAAAGAAUUAGUUUAUGGAAGGAUCUUCACGUAUUGGUUACAAAGCUGUGUAGAUCAUUUCCUUAUUUUCAUAUUAAUUACACUAAUCAAAGCAGGAGCAGAGCAAUAGUCCAACAGUCCAAUGACAAUCUGUGCUAUAAUAAGCAUACUGUUCAAACUGGCGUUCAGAAAUAUUGCCUUUAGUUAUCAAUCAACGUCAAUAUGCAUGCUUUCAUUGGGUGACAAGGCGUGUAUUACAGUUGACACACUGACACAUGGAGGCGAGGAGAGAGCGAGUGAGUGAGUUUAGUUUAUACGCCGCACUAUAUUGCUGCGGUCUGUAAAUAAUCGAGUCUGGACCAGACAAUC